GUGACAGAGGGACCUUGCGAGGUGGCUGGCUGGCACUGGUGGUAUAGUGUCACCAGGGUGGCAGCUGUGACAAGACUGGCUCACCCUCUCUCCCUCUCUCUCUCUCUCUCUCUCACUCUCUCUCGCCCCGCCCCGACUCGCUCCAUCUAGUCCUUUUUCCACUUUACCCUGAGAUGACCGUCUGUGCCCACCGCUACCGCUACCACUCUACCACAUCACCACUACUACUGCUACUACUACCCGCGGAGGAAACAGGAGUAGUGUAGUGACGUGUGUGAGUGUGGUGUGUGUGUGUGUGUGUGUGCGUGUGUGGUGUUCACGUUACAGUGUGGUCAGGGAGGUGUGGUUGUGGUGUGAUACGGGAGACUGACUGUCUUGGUAAGGUGGAGAGGAACACACAGUUAGUUCCCACCUCCCAAAGACUGUGUGGUGAGGAACAGUUUAUAUUUUAUCAAGAACAGUCAGAUGGUAGACUGUGUGAGUGAUACCAGACAGUCUGUUUACAUGUGGAGACUGUCUUAUACUCGGCCGACAAACUGUGUGUCUUGGAUUGAUGGAAAUAUUCUAUACUUCGCGUCCACCUCAUUCAGCGUUCGUGUGUUAUGGAACUACCAUGAAUAACACGGAUAUACAGUGAAGAACAGAUGAAUAAUAAUGAAUAACGUGUAGUGAACAAGAGAAUUUUAAAGUGAAUAUAUUCAGUGGAAACUUUGGAUACAACAGUGAAUUUUUUUUUUUUUAAGUUUGACUCGACAGAAAAUAAUCGACUGAAUGGAAAUUAAUUUGUGGCGGGAAUUAUAGCGACGAAGGGGUAGACACUUGGCUGCAGGAGUGACAGUAUGGGUAAAAAGUCGACAACGCAGCAGUACAGCAGCAACAGAGGACCUCAUUCCUCCUCGGUUCACAACAGAGGCAGGUUAACACAUCAUCAACAGCAGCUGGGUAGUAACAAGAAGAGACGAGGUGACAGUACCAACAUAGUCCCUCAUAGACUGACUCCCAACAUGGCCACCACCAAGACCCUCACUAUGUUGACCCCCGUGGAGGGUCUGGAGGCCGGGGGAGAGAUCCUCAGACUAGCUCCUGCUGACGUCAAGCAAGAGGAUGACUCCGAGCUCCAACUUUUCUCUAAUCACCUCACUAGAAAUAUCGUCUCUUGUUCCUCUUCACCAGCACCAGUAGCAACGCCUUGUUCGUCUUCCACCACGGUGUCUUCAUCGUCAGGAGUCAUCGUCCCCAGCAGUAGUAACGUGGUGGUGGUGGCAGGUACCAACAGUAACCUCAGUUCAUCUUCGGGUUUUAAUUCGGUGUUUACUUCGUCAGGAAUAUCGUGUUCUCCUCCACUACCCAUAGCAACAUCACAUGCACCUUCUACUAUCUCCUCCCUCUUCGUCGUCCCCCCAGCGGUCUCCUCCUCUUCGUCAGCGUCUCCUCCAUGCCCGUCUUCCUCCUCAUCCUCCAGCUCGACGACCUACUCCUCCACCACCUCCUCCUCGGGUGAUUCCUUGACACAAAUCGGGGGGAAGCAGAGGUGUCAUGCCAACGCCAGAGAGAGAGACAGAACCCACAGAAGUCCCAAACUGAACUUGGCGUCGUCCCCCCUCAGCGUGAACAGCGCCUUUAGCACACUGAGGACUCUCAUCCCCACCGAGCCAGCAGACCGCAAGCUCUCCAAGAUAGAGACUCUCCGCCUAGCCUCCUCCUACAUCAGUCACCUGGGCACUCAGCUUCUUGCAGGACCAGUUGAUCAGCCUUGUCUCCGUCACUCUCAGUACACAUAUACCGGGUCGGGUGAGCGGCGGCCAGUCUGUACCUUCUGCCUCGCCUCUCUCAAGAAACAACAGAAGGCGAGCAGCUCAGGGAGUAACGAUGGCGUUUUGGCCUCAAUGAGCAGCGUGCCCCCUGACUUGGCCUCCUAUAUGAAGACCUCCAUGCCCCUAGACGACCCCACUUUCCAGGUCUGUUCCUUCCUCUUCUGACCUCCUGACCCUCAAGACCUCCUGACCUGGCCUCCUGACCUUGAAAUCCUUCAUGCCCCUGGAUAACUCCACGAGAAAGCUUCUCGUGGCCUCCCCGCGUUGCAGAACGUUUAGAGCUCCUUGUGCUGAAGUGACUGAUUGAAAACAAAACUUUUGGUGUGGUGGACGCGGACUGACACUGAAAAUGGUCAUACCCAGAGACAAGACAGUGGACACUCACACAUUGAUCCAAAUAUUAAAUAAAGUGUUCGGAUAUCAAUAUUCUGUUAGUGGAUGAACUCUUGAUUCAAGACGCGUUGAAAAAAAUCAAUUUGAGGUCACGGGAAUGUAUAGUAAUUCCAGAGUUACGAAUACUGGACAGUUCGAACACUUCAUCUGCUGUAAGAUCUGUGUGACAGUACUUAUCAAGGACAAGAAAAGACGCAGAUAAGUGUAUACCCUUAGUGUAUUGAGCACCUCUACACCAAUAAGCAACAAGUGUCGUGGUCAGGUAAAGUGUACACAGCCUAGAUAAGAAAAUGAAAAAUAAAUGUUUAAGUUUUAUAGAUAAACUUCGUGUUAGAAAAUAAAGAGGAAACAAUGAUUGACAGAUCUAAUGGUCCAGUAAACAAGUGUAACAGAAAAAACUAAUACUUGUAACGUCACAGUGAAUAUAAAUAAUUUAUAUUCUUCUUGAGAUUCGUAUUUAUCGUUAUCGUUUAUCAGGUAUAGUAAAUAUAACACUUAAUCUCACAGUGAAAAUGCAACUUAAAACUGGGUCUGUUUCUCUUGUGGAUUUGUAUUACUUCUGAAAAUUUGUUGUGCUGUAAAAUUUUUGCUCCUUGAGUGUAUAGAAGCGGACGUAUUGUGUACAGACGACACACGGAGAGACUUACAUUAAUUUUAACAGCACAACAACUGGGAAACAGAUUUUGCAUAUUUAGUUUUAAUGAAACAGUAACAAAUGCUAUCUAUAACGAGCUUAUGUUUAUUUGAUUUAUUUGUUGUGAUGAGUUUAAAACUUAACUCAGCAAUGAUGGAGCGCCAGUCUUGCCUCAGGAGUCAACGAGUGAGUUUAUGAACAGCGUGAAGAACUCAUUAAUCUAUUCAUUAUCGAAUCUCCCAAAUAUUACCAUUGGGUAAGGAAAUUAAGUGGUCUGUCUCAUUUUAAUGAUGAGUGUAUGAUUAUGACAUUCGACGUAUAAACAAAAUAAAAAAGAAAAGAAAAUGUGGAGUGAUCGAGGUAAUGAUGCACUGCUGUUUUUACUAUACCGAGUUUGGGGAAGUGAAAUGAAAUGCUACAGAACUGCUUCAAGCAAGAAUGAGUGUUUAGGGUUAAGAGAUAUUUUAUGUCGAAAAAGAGAAUGUGAAAAAAACCAGACCAGAUUGCAAGCUUAGAAAAUGGCUCCAGCUAAUGAUAAACUGUGUAAAUAUUGUAAGACAAAACAGUUAGUACCUAUGAUAUUGUAAAGAAACAGAAGAAAGUACCGCAGAGAUACUUAUAAAGUGAGUGACACCUUAAGCAGCCGUCGUAGUGUAUACUUAAAGUGAACCGUAAGUAUAUUUAGUUACUUAUAUUUAUAAAACCCUUGUAAAAUGUUUUCCAGUCAAAUAUUGGAAUAUUAAGUUGACUUGGUUUUGUUAUUUAUUUGAGUUAUGGAGAUUAUUGACAGAAAGAUAUCGGCAUUGUGACUUAAAUCAGUAUAAUGCUACUUGCUUAAAGAUUCUGAGCGAUUCUUGGGUCAAGGCGGAAAGAUCGGCCCUAAUGACUCAGGCGUUGACGGUCAGUAAACCAAAUCACGCGGACUAGUGGACGUAGGAAGCCAUUAGGACAACUAGAAAUAGCUGAAGAAAGAGUGGAGUGGGUGUGAGUUUUAAGGUCACCUCUGGGUUUUGUUUACAAAGUGGAGGGGUCGACGCUCAUUGGCUCAGCCGACGGAUGUUCUCCUCACCAAAUGACAUUGAUGUUUACAAACACAAUAAAGAAAAAAUGCUGUAACUUCCAUAAGAAACUGUUCCUGCAUCCCCUUGAUAUUUGGUUUUCAUCUUUAAGUCAGUUGUGUUAUGCUUCUGAAAUCUCCAUAUUAUUAUUAUUGUUAUUAUUAUUAUUAUUAUUAUUAUUAUUAUUAUUAUUAUUAUUAUUAUUAUUAUUAUUAUAAGCUUUUUAUUGGAUGAAACAAUGCUUUAUUAGUGGGUUCGUGGCUGCACCGCUUUAGAUUUUUGUUCUUCCGUUCUCUUAAAACAUUGUUCCCUGGUAAAAUUUAACCUGAAGAUAAUGAUAAUUUCCAGACGGUUGUCACGAGCUCACUAUGUAAGUGUUACAUUCUCAUGUAGUAGAUAUUCUACAUAGUUUUCUCGCCAGCAUUCUCAGUCAACUAAUCGUUGCAGUAAGUUAUUCCACUAACUUUAUUUUGUUGGGUAUAUGAAUAAAAUUUCAUACACUG